ACACAAAUUCAUUAAGAGGUUGUCCUUUGACAGUCUUCACUGACUGUCCUUCCACCUCUUGUCCUCCUCAGCCUAGCUUGCAACAUGCUAUGGUUCCUGUGAAAACGAAUCACAUUUUGUCACUCCCUUUGAAGAUUUUUUUUUUUUAUAUAAAAAAUCUAUUCCCCCUACUACCUCCCUCCUGCUUAAAAGGAGCUAGCAUUGCAGUCAGUUGCCCCUAACACAUUCCUUUUCUUGCAUUCACCGACGCACCUUAACCAUUGAUAUCCAAACUCACUAAAAAGAGUAAUGGCGUCGAGUUCUCUCACUUGUUCGCGUACUUCCAGCUCCUCCUUCUGGACGCUAAAGCAGAACAAGCAAUUUGAAGAGGCCCUGGCUUUAUAUGACAAGGACACACCGGACCGCUGGUACAAUGUAGCCAGGGCUGUGGGUGGGAAAUCAGUGGACGAAGUGAAGAGACACUAUGAAAUACUUGUGAAGGAUAUCAUGCAGAUAGAGUCUGAUCAAGUACCUUUACCCAAUUAUGGCGCCAGUGGGAGCAACAGAUGAGGAGGAUUUGGUCAUGAAAAGAGGCUUAGAGGAAUUUGAGGCUCCAAUGAAGCAAAAACUGCAGAUUUGCUAUGGAUAAAUUUUAAAGAAAAGCAGACAUAAAAAUUCAUAAAGUUAGUUGCUUAAAGGUGGUUAUUGUGUUCUAUUUCUUUGUGUUCAUAGACGAACUUGUGAACCUAUGCACUAUCUGCUCUCAAUUUGUGCUUAUUGUAAUUAAAGGGUUCUCGAUCUAAUCAAAAGAUGUAUUAUAUAA